AAGCCAUCACUUCAUCAAAGAAGAGAAGAAUGAUACUUGUGAUAAUGAUAAUAACCAAUUAAUGGUGAUAAAACAGAAGGGCGUGAAAGGAAUCAAAUAUGGCAAAUUGGUGAAGAAGUAUAUGACGACUGUGUUGGACAGAUUGGUUAAGAAGACUAAGAACGGGGACAAAAAUCAUCAAUUGGGAUCACACAAAAAAGCAGCUCUUCCAUAAACCAUGCUGGUGUAAGCAAAAAGCCAUGGGAAGCAUCAAAUAGCAGUCGCAUAGGCUUAGCAGGGCUAAGAGAUAGCUGCAUAGUUCCAGUUACUAGCUACGUAUAUAGGCAUGCUUCUGCUUUCCAACCGUCUUCCAUUUCCAAUUUUUUGAGGUAGGACUAGACAUUGAUACAGUAAUACUCGCUGAUAAUAUACAUAGACAAAUUAAUUCAUUCAAACUUGAGCUCUCAGUCUUCCACAUAAAUAAUACCUAAAGACUUGCUAAGAGAUGAGUCAGAAACAGCCAAGAAGGCCAGAAUCCCAUGAACAGAACAUGGGUACUGCUCAUCUGAAAGAACAACCAAAUCUCGAUUCUAAUCAACAGAAAGAGCCUAUUAAAUAUGGUGAUGUGUUUCCGCAUGUUUCUGGUGAACUUGCUUCGAAACCUAUAUCCCCUCGAGAUGCUGCUAUGAUGCAGACUGCUGAGAAUUUAGUGCUUGGCAAGACUCAAAAAGGGGGUGCUGCUGCUGCUAUGCAAUCUGCAGCAACAAAAAAUGAAAACGCUGGACUAGUUGGUCAUACUGAUGUGACUGAUAUCACUGGCGAUCAAAGAGUUACUGUCGCCGAAACUGAUGCCCCAGGUAGGUGUAUCAUUUCUGAAUCAGUUGCAGGCCAGGUGAUCUCGGAAUACAGUAGGCCAGCGCCCAUAGCAGCAACAACAACAUCAACAGUGGAUGAAGAUGCAGUUACAAUAGGUGAAGCAUUAGAAGCGGUGGCAAUAACUGCCGGAGAUAAACCGAUAGACCAAAGUGACGCAGCAGCAAUACAAGCAGCUGAAGUUAGAGCGACUGGUAUCAAUCCCACCAUUCCUGGUGGUAUUGCCGCUGAAGCUCAAUCCGCCGCUAGUGCUAAUGCACGUUUGACUGACGAUGAAGAGAAAACAAAACUCUCCGAUGUUCUCACGGAUGCGACAUCCAAAUUGCACAAGGAUAAAACUGUGACCAGCGAGGAUGCUGAAGGUGUGGUUAGUGCUGAGCUAAGGAACAAUCCUAAUAUGGCUACAUACCCUGGUGGUGUAGCUGCUUCUGUUGCAGCUGCAGCUAGGCUUAAUCAAGAACAGUAAGCUGGUGGUAGUAGUUAUUGUAAGAUAGUAUCAGGUAUAGCUCUAGAAAGGUGAAAGCUAAUGGAACGGUUAAGUCCUUUAGUUCUUUGUAAAAUUAGAACCUCUUUAUUUUGUGGUUCUUUUGUACAAGUUGUCCUGUGGUAUGAUCAUGUAUGAACGAAGUUAAAUAUGGUUGCAAGUCUAUUUGCAAAAUAAAUAAAUAAAUAAUAGUAUAUACAUUGGACACA